UGUCUGAACAAAAUGGCAGCGGGGCUCUUCAAGCUUCUUUUCUAGGGCAAAAUCAUCGUCGAACAAGACCCAUGCAGGGUUUCAUCCGGUAAAUGAAUUCCGGCAGCCAAGACAGAUUACAAAUACACAUCGAAGAUAUAAAUCAACAGGUCAGAGUGGUUACUCAGAACAAGCAAAUCACUUCCUCUACUCAGUUCAGACUCUUAUCUUCUUCUGGGAUCUCGCACCGUCCUGCACUUGACGCAUCGUUAAACAUCAUGACUAGCAAUGGGAAACAUGCUCUCAUCUUCGGGGCAUCAGGUAUCUCGGGCUGGUCGCUCCUCAACCAGUGUGUCUCAUACCCUUCUCCAACGACUUUCAGACGCAUUACAGGCUUGUGUAAUCGUCCUCUCGCGAAAGAAGAGUCUUUGCUUCCUGAUGACUCUCGGCUGAGAAUUAUUCCUGGGAUUGAUCUCACAGCCACCGUGAACACCGUUAUAGAGCAGCUGAAAACGAAGGUUGAGGAGGUGGAAACGGUGAAUGUUGUCUUCUUCUGCGCAUACGUCCAAACCAGUGACCCCGAAUCGUCGAAAAGGAUUAACACCCAGAUCCUCCGCACGGCAAUCGAAGCCACCAACGCUGUCGCGCCCAACCUAGAGGUCGUCAUUCUACAGACGGGCGGCAUGGGAUACGGACUGGGGUUCCCCAAAGAAGUCAACCUCCAGGCGCCCCUGCACGAGGAUCUCGCACGUAUCCCCGAGCCAUGGCACAGCAAGAUCUUCUACUACAGCCAGUACGAUCUUCUGACGGAGCUGUCCCAGCGACACGGCAAAUGGACCUUCUCAGAGAUCCGGCCCGACGGCAUCGUGGGAUUUGCCCCCGGCUUCAAUGCCAUGAACAUGGCCCACGGCAUCGCGUUCUUCCUCACCCUUUACCGGCAGGUUCAUGGGGCGGGUGCACGCGUCCCGUUCCCGGGCAAGCAGCACGGGUACCACGCCUCCCACAGCGAUACCUUUCAGGAUAUCCUGUCCAAGAUGGAGAUCUUUGCCGCGUUGAAUCGCGACCGGUGCGGCAAUGGCUCGACCUUCAAUUCUGCGGAUGGAGAGGUGGUGCGCUGGGCACAGGUCUGGCCGGGGUUGUGUGUGUACUUUGGUCUGGUGGGGUGCGAGCCUGAUGGUAAGGAGAGAGCUUCCAUGCAGGAUUUUGUGGAGGCUCAUGUGGACACGUGGAAGUCCCUGGUUGAGAGCAAGGGGCUGAAGAAGGGAUUUAUCGAGACGCAGAACUGGGACCAUGUUCGCUUGAUGCUCGUGGACUUUGAUUUUGAUCGCCAGUAUUCGCUGGAUAGGGCCCGGGCGGUAGGGUUUCGUGAGUCAAUUGACACGGUCGAGGGUUAUAAGAUUGUUUUCGAUCGGAUGGUCAAGGCGCGACUCAUUCCUGUAUUCAGCUAAGGGGGCUGAUCUUCCAGAAGCCAAAAGUAUAGGCUUGUUGCGUUAGAA